AUGGCUUCUGCGGAGGCUCACGCUCAUGGCGGUGUGCCGGGCACGAUCCGUCUCGUUGAUGAAAUUGGCUCCAGUACCGCUGAGGCAAGAUCCCACCACCAUGGCCACAUCGUCCUGCAGCCUCACCCCAGCGCCGACCCAGAGGAUCCCCUCAACUGGUCCCGGACCCGGAAGCUCAUGGCCGUCGGCAUGGUCUACUUGUACGUCUUUGCCAUCGGCAUAGCGACUGCAGUGCAGUAUUCGUGCUUGACGGAUAUCGCGGAUGCGCAGGGCCUGACGGUCAGCAAUCUCAACCUGGGUACGGGGCUCAUGUUCCUGUUCUUGGGCUGGGCAUGUCUUCUCUGGCAGCCGAUCGCUAUGAGCUACGGUCGAAGAGGCGUCUACAUCGUCUCGACAGUGCUGUCUAUCAUCCCCAUGGUCUGGGCUCCCUUCUCUCAGGGAGCUGGGCAGUGGUACGCCCAUCGUAUCUUGCUUGGCAUCUUUGCAGCCCCUGUUGAGAGUUUGCCAGAGGUGUCAGUACCCGAUCUAUUCUUCGCCCACGAGAGAGGCCACUACAUGGCUGUUUACGCCUUCGUCCUCUUUGGGUCCAACUUUCUCGCGCCCUUCUUUGCUGGAUUCAUCAACGACGGCGCCGGCUGGCACUGGGUCAUGUACUUUGGCGCGCUGGUCCUUGCAGUGGCUGCCAUUAUUAUGUUCUUCUUCAUGGAAGAUACCAUCUACUUCCGCGCCACCUCCGAGGGUGAUGAGUCCGAUAGCGAAAAGGCAGAACCGAGUGCCGAAGCCCAGCAGGCCGUGCAGGCCCAAUAUCCUCCGGCUAGGAGCUACAAUCAGAAGCUCAGCUUUGUGACUCUCCUGCCCGGCCGUCCGAGCCCGUCACAGACGCUGAUGAAGAGCUGGCGUGCCCUCGAAAUUCUAGUUUUCUUUCCAAACAUCCUGUGGGCCGGACUACUGUACGGCACCAACCUUGCGUGGUAUAACGUGAUGAACGGAACGAUGUCGACUAUUCUCGGCGGAGCUCCCUACAACUUCUCGCCAGCCAUGGUAGGAGUGGCAUAUCUGUCGCCUUUCGUCGCCGGCGCCAUCUCGUCUCUAUGGUCAGGAUGGUUCACCGAUACCGUAGCUCUGCGACUGGCUCGCCGAAACGGCGGUAUCCGUGAACCUGAGCACCGCCUAUGGACCUUGGCUGUGUCAGGCCUGCUAUCUUCAGUGGGUCUGAUCCUCUGGGGUGUAGGGGCCAGCCGUGGCGUACAUGUCGCAGGACUCAUCUUUGGUAUUGCGUUUGUCACCUUUGGCGUUGUGUGUGGUGGAGCUAUCGCACUUGCAUACACAGUCGAUUGCUUCAAGGAGAUCACCGGCGAGUCGAUGAUCACAGUCAUCAUCAUCCGUAACACUCUCGGAUUCGCCUUUAGCUACGCGAUCAACCCGUGGAUUAACAACCUUGGACUACAGAACUGUUUCAUUUCUGUCUCUCUCAUUGCACUGGUCUGCACUGGGACAUUCCUGCCCAUGAUCUGGGGAGGGAAGAGGCUGCGUAAGCUCUCGGCGCGGAAGUACUGGUUCUUUGUUGCUCGUGAGAGGGGCACCGCACUUUACUAA